UUAAAUAUUUGUUCCUUGAAGACAAAUUAGGUAAAUUAAUCCAGUCUAGGAUCACAGGGAGGGAGAACCAAAACAACGAUUGCUCACUGUCGGAUCCUGGUUGUAUAAAAUUAAAGGUAUUCUAAAGGAACCCGGGUGUGCUGAAAAUCAAGUUUGUCAUAUCAAAAACAUAAAAUACAAGCCCCUUAAUGUAACUAAGGUAGUGGAAAAAAUAUAUCCUUUCCAUUCGACUAUGAUCGAAUGCUAAUUGCAUUUAAAUAUGCAUUUUCAUAUGCAUGUCGCACAGUACAGCAAUCUUCCUUCAAUAAAGAUACAAAAUGACCAGCCCUCGGUCCAGCCUCGUCCUUGCCCUCGUUUAAAAAGGCCAUAUUUAUGAAAAACAUUUAGGAUUUGUCAAUUAAUGCAUUUUAAAACAUUUAGUCAACACUCAAUUAAGAUAUUUACUAAGGGCGUUCUUAUUGGGGAGUUGAUUUGUGGAAAAUAAUCUCCAAUCAAUAGAAGCUUAUAUUAUACAUUAUAAUAAUUAUAGUAUUUCUCAAUGUAAAUCUACGGAGAACGUUUUUUCCGCCCCUUCGCGCAUGCCGUCACGUGAUGUCCCCGGAAAUUGUAACUCCACCAUUCGGCCACAACGCGAGGCCUGCUUGAAUGAAUGGCGCUCGUCCCCAUUGCUGUCGCUUGACUUUACCAUGGCCGCUCUGUUGACCCGGCUGCAUCACAUUUCGCUCAACGUCUCCAAUGCGGAGAAAGUCACCGGAGACCUCGUCUCCAAAUUCAAGUUUAGCUUGUUCGCCACCAGACUGACCGACGGGGCCAAGCAGCUGGCCGUGAGGAAGGGAGCGGCCGUCUUCAUCGUGAACGAGAGACCCGGCCGAAGCGGCAUGAGAAUGAAUGAGAAUAAGCUCCACGUGGGGAAACACGACCCGGGUGAACCGUCGAAUUGCCUCUAUGACGUCAGCUCGCGUCACCCGGUGGACACCGUAAACAACGUGUGCUUCGAGGUGGACGAUGUGGAAAGGUCAUCCAGGGAUCUGCGCCGCCUGGGCUGUAAUUUCAUGGUCCCGCCCACCACGGUUCACGACCGGUGUGGUUACGUCACCUACUCGGUAGUCAAAUCCAUCGUGGGGAACGUGUGCCACACGUUGCUUGACAGGACUAAAUACAAGGGCAGCUUCUUGCCCGGGUUCGAAGGCGUCGGGAAUGACAGCCGCUCGCCAGACGCGGACACGUCAUGUCCAAUCACACAUUUCGAUCACAUAACGUACGUCUGUCACAGGAAAACAACCCAACAGGUCAUGAGGUGGUACGAGAAGCUCUUUGGUUUUCAAAGGUUUUUCAUUGAUGGGGGUGAAGAUGUGGACGAAGGUUUCGUGAUAAACCAGGAGGGCAUUGGACUGCGUCUCACCGCCAUGGAGUACUGGAAAUGCAGCGAAGCUGGCAUUGCUCUCCCUUCCACUGACAAAAAAGAGCCUGAUUGCAAGUUUGUGAUAGCAGAAUCGCUCUCUAAACAAGGCAGGAAUCAGGUUGACACCUUCUUGGAGCAGCACGGCGCCCCAGGGAUCCAGCACAUCGGACUGUACACGGAAAACAUUGUGUCCACUGCUGGUGCGAUGGCCCAUGCCGGAGUCCAGUUCUUCUCCCCUCCUCAAGCCUACUACAUGCAGGUGUGCAAACGGCAGGAGAUAGAGGAGGCGGGACACAGCCCCCAGAUGCUGGCGAAUCACGGCAUCCUCCUGGACACAGACCUGAACCGGGAUCAGUGGUCCAGUGAAAAGCGAGGGUACCUUCUCCAGGUGUUCACCAAGCCCAUCUUUGCAGAGGACACCUUCUUCCUGGAGUUGAUAGAGCGAAGGGGGGCAACAGGUUUUGGUGAGGGCAACAUCAAAGCGCUUUGGAGGUCCGUGCAGGCGCACAUGGAGACACACAGCGACGAUUCUCAAGGAGAGGGAUCCCCGAAACCUGUACAAACCUCCCAAGUAUUAGUCAAUCCAGAUGAAGAAAAUAAAAUCAGAGUGCUUUUGAAAUAAAUUAAAAAAAUGUGAAAUGUAUAAAUACAUGUAAUAUAUUUACAGAGGAGUUUUCUACAAGUGCUUUCAAUGUUGUUUUUAUUAUUUAGUGGUUUAUCUCAAGCUGCCUUUUGCACUGGUGACAAGUAAAAAUCCUAAAUUACAUUAAUCUCUCUUUUAACACAACGUUAAUAUCAAAUUUUCAAAGCUGCACUUUAAACAAAGUGGGACAUUAACAGAUGUUACAUGCACACUGUAGCAGUAAAAGAAUGUCUGUGUUUUAAUGUGUCAAAGCAAAACACCUGCCUGAAUUCACAGCAACUGUUUCAAUAAAUCUGUUUCCCAAACCACACCAU